AGCUGGCCCCCCCAUCAGCCCUGAUGGCUGGCCAGGCUGAGGGACCCCACCUGUGCAUGAAUUCAUGCACCAGGCCUCUAGUAGAAAUAUAAAUACUUGGGAAGGAAACUGUUUACCAUAAAAGAAAAUGAAAAGAGUAAUAAUAAAUUUAAUUUUUAAAUGAAUUUAAGAGGCCUGAAUUUAGAAAGGGAAACCCCUUUCUCAGUUUCUUUGUGAGGACAUAUUUGGAAGAGCAUCCAAUAUUCAGAAACAAACUCAUGUUAAAAUGCAAUUAUGGAAUAUAUAAGUAAAAUGAGUUACGUUUUGAGAGGAACAAUGUGGGAAGAUACCAAUAAAUACAAAUUUUGUAACUCUAAGACAUUGUGACAAUUUGAAAAGUAAAUUCUAGAGUUGAGAAACCAUCAUGGUGGAAAUGUGUAGCGCUUAUUGUUAAAAGAAGAUGAGGUUAAAAGAAACAAGAUAAAAUAUUAAACUUAAGAAUUUAGGCAUUACCUCAGGGAAAAGCCUUGACAGUGAAAGGGAACUACUUAAUCGCUAAUAGCUAGCCUGGACCACACACUUAACUGCACUUUGGGAAUCAUCCUGCACAAAUCAGGAAAUAAACUUGACUUUUCUAUUUCUCUCUGAAGCUUUUCAGGACAUUAACCCACUCCCCUUUAAGCUGUAGCAUCUUGGUUCAUACUAUAAUUCCAAAAAUAUGGUGAUGGAUUUUUUUAGGUUUCUUGAGUAUUUUUGUAUGAAGAAUCAUGUGUGAUCUUUUUAUAACCAUACCAUUCACUUAAGUAAUUCACAAUGGGAAUGGUUUAAUUUAAAGGAAGACUUAACAGGAAGAAGAUUAAAGGAAGCUUUUAGUCAGCCUGUGGCUAGAUUUAUUGAUUUGGUAAUCAGUCCUGUAUUCUUUCCUGAAUUUCAGCUGAUGGCAAAUUGUGGUCAAAGAAUGGCUUUCAGUUAGUUUUGACUUCUUAUAAAUAAUAAUAAAAGAAUGCCUUAGAAAUUAGAAAUCCUUUAAGAAGUAGAACAAAUGUGGCAAUUAGGACUCAUUAUAUAAAUUCCAUUUUUUAAGUCUUUUUUAAAAAUAUAUUUUUAUUGAUUUCAGAGUGGAAGGGAGAGAGAAACAUCAAUGGUGAGAGAGUCAUUGAUCAGUUGCCUCCUGCACACCCCACAUGGGAUCAAGCACGCAACCCGGGCAUGUGCCCCUAUUAGGAAUCAAACCGUGACCUCCUGGUUCAUAGGUCUACACUCAAGUACUGAGCCAUGCCGGCCGGGCUCCAUUUCUUUUUAUAAGAAGAACAAACUGUUAUCAUUUAUUCAAGAACCAAAGCCAUUAAGAUAAAUCAAGUUAUCAGCUUCCUGUCUCUGAAGUUUGGAUCAUUUUAUAGAUCCACAUAGUAGAGAGCUUCCUUCCUUUGAAACCAAAACCUUGAGACCUAACUCAUGAAUAAUAUGCUUAGUUUUCAUUUAAAAUAUAUUGUCAUUUUAAGCUAUAAUUAGUCAAAUCAGUUAUGUAUUGAUUUUGGUAGACCAAAUUUUAUCGGAAAGUAGACUUAUAAGAUUCCUGGAGACAACACAAAGAAAACAAUGCUGAAAUUUAAAAUAGCCUGUGUUAAAAUAGUGCCCAAAUGAAUAAAAGAUUUUAAGCAAAUUAUUUCUACUUUGGAAAAAAAUCUUUAUAAUUUUGGUUUUAUAACCAGUUUUACAAUCAUUUUUAUUUCUAAAGAAUGAACGGAAAGCACAAAGGGUUUACUUUUUUAAAAUAUAUUUUUUUAUUGACUUCAGAGAUGAAGGGAGAGGGAGAGGGAGAGAGAGAAACAUCAAUGAUGAGAAUCAUUGAUCGGCUUCCUCCUGCACGCCCCCUACUGGGGACCCAGCCUGCAACCUGGACAUAUGUUCUUGACUGGAAUUGAACCAGGGACCCUUCAGUCCUCAGGCUAAUGCUCUAUCCACUGAGCCAAACUAGCUAGGGCAAAGGGUUUACUUUUUUAAUGACCUGCUAGAAAUGAGCAACACUACAAGAAUCUGUCUAUACUAUUCUAACAAAUUAAGAUAUUGGGCACAAAAUGGAGGUAACUUUUUGAUAAUGCAUUGGUUUCUAAUGGGUAUAACCCAAUGGAAAGGGAUUUGGUGCACAUUAAUCUGAUUUCAAAUAAAGACAAUUUUUUUUUUAAUUUUCAAUAGAUUACUCAAUCCUAAAUCUUCCUUUGCCUUCAUUUCCUGGCAUAUAAAAUGUAGAUAAUACUUGUCACUUGACUUCUGAAUUGUUCAGUUAAAGAGGUGACCGUUGGAGCAUACUUGAAAAUAAUUUCUGUACAGCUGUUAAGUGCUAAUGUGUUAAUAGAUUUUCAGAGUAUCCCCUUAGUGGACCCUGCAGAUUCACAUUCACUCUUGGUCUGUAAUAGAUUUUCUUGGCUUGAUAUAACAAUAGACAUAAUACAUUUUGAAUUGAUGGUGUAGAUUCUGCAAUUAGAUGAAGACUUGCAAUUAAGGUUUAUGUAAAAUUGAUGUUUGCCCAAGUUAUUUUAAAAGUUGAUUACAUUUGCAGGAAGUAAAGAUACAGGCAUACCUUAUUUUAUUGUGCUUCGCUUUAUUACAUUUUGCAGAUUUGGGGGGUUUUUAAUUGAAGGUUUGUGACAGUCUUGUGUCAAGCAAGUCUAUUGGCAUCUUUUUUCUAGCAGUAUUUGCUUAUUUCGUGUAUCACAUCUUGGUAAUUCAAUAUUUCAAACUUUCAUUAUUGUAUUUGUUGUGAUCUGUGAUCAGUGAUCUUUGUCAAAUCUCAGCUGAUGGUUAGCAUUUCUAGUAAUAGAAUAUAUUUUAAUUAAGGUAUAUACUUUUUAGACCUAAUGCUAUUGUACACUUAAUACAAUAUAGUGUAAACAUAACUUUUAUAUGACUGGGAACCCCUUUGUUUCAUUUCGAUAUUCAUUUUAUUGCAGUAGUCUGGAAUUGAACCUGCAAUAUCUCCAAGGAAAAUGUCUGAUGAAUUUUCGUUGGCAGAUGCGCUACCUGACCACUCCCCUGCCAAAACUUCUGCUGUGAGCAAUACAAAACCUAGCCAUCCUCCUCAAAGCUGGCCAGGUUCCAACCCUUGGAAUAACCCAAGCGCUCCACCUUCUGUGCCAUCUGGACUCCCACCGAGUGCAGCACCCUCCACUGUGCCUUUCGGAUCAGCACCAACAGGAAUGUAUCCCUCUGUGCCUCCCACUGGACCACCUCCAGGACCCCCGGGACACUUUCCUCCGUCUGGACCAUCAUGCCCCCCGCCUGGUGGUCCUUAUCCAGCCCCAACUGUGCCAGGUCCUGGCCCCACAGGGCCAUAUCCUACACCAAAUAUGCCCUUUCCAGAGCUUCCGCGACCAUAUGGUGCCCCCACCGAUCCAGCUGGUCCUUUAGGUCCAUGGGGAUCCAUGUCUUCUGGACCUUGGGCACCAGGAAUGGGAGGGCAGUAUCCUACCCCUAAUAUGCCAUAUCCAGGGCCAUAUCCCACACCACCUCCUCCCCAAGCACCAGGGGCAGCACCACCUGUUCCAUGGGGCACUGUUCCACCAGGAGCCUGGGGACCACCAGCACCAUAUCCUGCCCCUGGAGGAUCAUAUCCCACACCAGGACUCUAUCCCACACCCAAUAAUCCUUUUCAAGUGCCUUCAGGACCUUCUGGUGCUCCACCAAUGCCUGGUGGCCCCCAUUCUUACCAUUAAGUUAAUGGAUGAAGAGAUGACGCUUUGCUUUUUGAAGUACAUAUAUAUGCACAUGAAUGCAUAUAUAAAAAUUGCUGGUUUCACUAUUAGAGGGCAUUCAUGAAAGAACAACUCUUGCACCUCUCAGAAGAUAUCUGCCUCUUGUACUUGGAUGUAUAAUAUAUCAGAUGGAUACAAUCAGAUAAAAAUGUAAAUCAUUCAAAUGUGAUUUUUAUUCAGUUUUUAUGGAAAGUGAAAAUAAGUAUAUUGAAUAGGUCUUUGUUAUAAUUUGUUUAAAACAAAUUUUGGAUUUGUUUAAAUUAUGAAACUACGAAUUUAAAAAUUUAAGAUGAUGUGUGGAUUAUUGUUAGAACCUGCAACCUCAUUGGCAAAUUAUUUCAAGUAUUUUUCUAUAAUCACUUUUUCCUUAAAUGAACACACUUUGAAAAAUGUUCAUUGUCAUAAUUUAAAAAAUUAUGCCUCUCAACAUCUUGAGCUGUUCUAUCCAUAGAAUAAAUAAACAUAGUCCUCUUGAGGUUAUGUUUUGAAUAUACAUUUUAAAACUGGCAGUAAUUAUUAUCAGAUGUUGAGUUUAUGAGGAAGUGUUAAUUUUUCUUGAAAUUUUAGUAAAAGCUUUCGUUUUGAAUUUCACCUGAUUUGUCUUACGUUUAACCAAGUGGGUCAAACAGCUCUUAAAUCUGCCAUUUGUGGAAACUUCUCUUUAAUGCAGGCCAGCAUGUAUGUAAAUUGUACUCUUAAAGCAUUGGUAAUCUCUGUGUUGCUUUAGAAUAGCUUGAGAUGUCCAUAUUGCUUUGAGAAGAGCUCAAGGAAGGAAAUAAUUCUCCUUUGUUUUGAACCUCACAAUAGAGGCAACCUUAGGCGUUGCUUCAUAAGGACAAGUAAUUUGUAUUCCCACACAUCACUCUUACACACAGUCCCUUCCUUAUAGCCCCUUCUUCCUCAGUUUUUUAGGAGCACAUCCUUUAAUUCCUCCCUGAUACGGAAAACUGGCGCACUCUAGGGGCUAUCAUAAACACAUGUAGCAGUUAUGUUUAAAGAACCUUAGUCACACAGGCAUGACUGUUCUCUUUGUACAAGUUGGUCAAAAUAUGAUCUGUCAGAGUCUGGUUAAGCUAUGUCAUUGUCUCUUGCAUAGUUUCCUGGAUCUGUUUGUAAAGUGCUUACAGCUAACAGUUCAGUUCUGUAUUUGUUGACAGGUAAAUAGGUAGAAGUAAGUGCCAUCCUUAAAAAUUAUCCUUUUACUCUAACACUGAAAAUAAUAAAGUGUAGAUCUCUGCAAUUGAGUUUAAAGAAGUGUGAUUGUAUUACUUAAAUAAGUGUUGUUUCAACCACCAAAAUAGUCUGAGUAGUUUCUUGGCACCUUUAAAUCAGAUUCUUAAUUUUGGGAUAGAACUGACCAUGUUAUUCUUGAAAUAACUUUGAAACUUUUAUUAUAUCCAUUGGGUUACUAAAAUGUAUUGUUAAUUUCUUCAUCAGUAUAAGACAGAUUUAUGCUGGAACUCUUGUUUUUGCUUAGAAAUAUUUAGUAGUUUAUUUUUCUUAUAGUUAAAAUGUCAAGAAUGCCAAAUGCUGCCAAUUUAAUGAUUUGAUAGCUACCUCCUUUUACAAAAGCAAGAUGGUCACCUUUGGGAGGAAAAUGUCAGUGUAUAAACCUCCCUUUAAAGUAGAAGAUAGAUUCAAGCUUACAGAAUUGAAACUAAUUUGUUUAGAUAUUUUCAGACUGGUGAAUGUUGUUAGACAGUUCUUACAUAGUGGCACAAAUGGUCUUUUUUAUCUUUCACCUCCUUGCAAGGCCAAGUGGCAGCUAUUUACAACACUUUGGGUAUCUGUUGUCAAGGUAGCCUGCAAUUCACAAGGCAGGUAGCCUUAGAAAGUGUCCUAUCUUAAAUUAUCCAGUCAGUUUCAUGUCAGCUAACUGGAGGCAUAAAAUGAGGAAAAGUAAGAUGGCAGCAAAUAUAUCACUCCUUAAGCUUAUUUUGGUUGUCCUGUACUAGGACUAAGUUGACAACUCUGGCUUAAGAUGGGAUAAUUAAUGUAACACUAGAAAGGAUGAUGUUUGACUAAAAGAAGAAGAGGUAGCAAGUUUGGGAGUCUGUAAUUGAGGAGCCCGUUUAUUAUUGGAGAAAAUCUUUUGUUAAAGGAUUUGAAAGACCAUGAACACAAGAUUUGAAAUUACUAUUCCCAGUAAGUAUAUUAACUUCGCUAGUGACCCACACUGCGCCCUAGACAAUACUGCAUUUUAAUCUUUGCUUUACAAGACUUUCCAACAGCAUUUUUUAAAAAAAAAAAUUUUAACGGAAAAAUGGAAAUCAAAGGGAACAGAAUUUGCUUCUCUAUUUGCAAUUCUUUAGAGAAUCAUUUCUCAAAUUGGGGGAGAGGCUCUCUAUUCUCAAAGGUACUCUGGGCAAAAAGUAUUUUUAGGUUCAGGGUGGAGUAAAGAAAAUCAGACAUUUCGGUGGGGGAAGCAUCUAAGGAAGAUUUCUUUUUACAAAGGAAUAAUUUGCUUUCAAAAAUAAGUCAUGCUAGGCUAAGAUGAGUUUAUGGAAGACUACUUGUUAGUCUUAAGGGAAUGUGAAGUGUGGAAUAUGUUGGCAUUUGGACUUGAAGAGCAAGAAUUUUAAAAUAAAUUUGAUGGAGAUAGCUGAGAUGUGUUUAAGAAUAGUGUUUCUGGAGUUCGAAUGUUAGACUUUGAAAUGUUGAACCUAUAAAAUGACAACGAAAAAUUAAACUUUGGACCUUAUAUUCACACAUUCAGUUUUCAAGAAUCAAGGCGCCUUAAAGAAGUUUAAUAUCUUGGCUUGCCUUUGCUGGACUCGGCCGGACACCUUUUCAUGCUUGAGGAUGGCUGCUUGCAGCUCUGACACCUCAGCCGUUUUGUUUAAAGCUAUAUAUUGAUUAUGCAGGAACAGACAAAACUUUUUUUUUAACCAAACAAUCUAUAUUUGCAGUGACUGAGGCUGUUUUUUGCUGCAGGGCUGAGAAGUGCUUGGCUUGCUGAGCCAAGACAGGCUCUGCCUUGUUCACAAAGGUUUCCCGAUCAUAGUCUGGCUGCUCCGUCAUCUUGGAGAGCUCAAGCCAGCCUGCCCCUUGGCCCUUGCUGUUUAAUCUCCUUGAGCUCUCCCAUGGUCCUCUCCUCCAGCUCCCUGUUCUGAGUCACUGCCUCAGUAAAGCUGGACAUCUGGGAAAACAGUUCCUCUUCUCUAGAAAAAUUGCCUGCAAUCAGGGACCCAUGAGAGCUGGCUUCUGUCUCUUCUGUUUCCAUUUGAGUUGGCUGCUCCCCACUGGGCCCACUCUGGGGCUCAGCUCCAUGAUGCUGUCUGCAUGUCUUAGUGUAUUCAAAGUGUAUUCGCAGGAGCUUGUGCCUGGUGAGAUCACCGCAGUCCAUGGCUCUUAGCUGGAAAAAACAAGACAUUUUUAAUUACCCAAGGGCUUCCUCCCUUCUUUGUCCAUUUUACUGUUUAUUGUUUUGAGUAGAUAACAGUAAUAGAAUAGAGAAGAAAAGGAGUGAAUUUUUGGCCUUGGUCUGUCAUAUCAGUACAAUGGAAUAUUAGAAUAUUUUCUGGGAAAGAAGUCGGUUGUGCCCAUAUUUUACCUCAUAAAUAAUUAGUGCUACCUAUUGUACUCGGAUGUACAGCUUUUGAAGUUUUGUGUAGGUGAACAUAGUUCUCAAAGGUUCAAUAAAAUACUGUGCCUAGUUUGCCUAUCAAUCAGUUGCCUACACUUGUAAAUGAUGAGUGCCAUGUCUUCCUUAACCUUGAAUAAUCUAGUGCUGGCUUUAUUUAAGUGCCACAGCUAUAAAUCCUGGGAAUUAAACCUGAGCACAGACCUUCCAGUGUUAACGUUUUUGAAAAGCAGAAGGCUCAAUUCAGAUGAAUCAUGCUGACACACUUAGAAAGUGGUAGGUGGCUUUCAGGGAAGACUAUAAUUUAAUCCUAAUAGAGCAAUAUUUAGUAUGAAGACACUUUAUUUUCAGAAUUCUACCAAGUAAAAUAAAAAUUGCCAAAAUGAUCAGUAUUAAAGAAAUGCCAUGCAAUCUGGCUUUUGACUAUUUCUGAGAACUGCAUUCAUCCAGCAGACACUUAAAUGUCUGUGAUCCAGGUGCUUUGCCAGAUGCAGAGAUAUAGAGAUGAAAGCGAAUGCCUGUCCUUGAGAGGGUCCCAGUCUAGGGGUGGCAUUACAGAAUUCAUUAGUGUGCCCGUUAUCAGUUUAACCUACAUCAACAUAUUUUGAUAUUCCUGCUGGUGGAAAUUAUACACCAGCCUUAGGGCAUUUUAAAGAGCAACAUAUGCCUAUACUUUUUUUUUUCUUUUUGAAGUAAGAAGUUAAUGUUUUCCAAGACUAUGGUUUUGUCAGUAUAACUUUUCAAGCAUGCAAAGUAAUGGGAUGUUUUUCCUCCUUACUUUCCCCUGGAUGAAGGCACUUUCACUGCCUGUCAUUGAUUAGCGGAUACUGAUUUGUUGCCAUUAAGUAAACUUGAUUUCUUUGUGUUCUAUAAAGGUAUUUUUUUCUUGAUAUUGUUAUUUUUUCAUUGACUUAAUGACAAAUUUAAUGUAUGUAAUUGUCUAUGCAUUUUAAGUUAAACUGCCUAGAAUGUGAUUUGAGACAUAUACAUUUGUAUUAUGAACUGUAAGCAAUGUGUUUGAGACGUUAGGUUUUAUCACCUGCUGCUGUAUUUGUAAACAAAGACAAAUGUUGCUUUAAGAAGUAAUUAUAAUUAGGACUAGACAAUGGAUGUGAUACUUGAUAUUUUUAAAGAUAAACUUUUUUGCUUUUGUGUAUUAUACCUGAAAACUUUUAAAAAAAAAUGUAUUUUCAUGGCUUCA